AUGGCUGACGCAGGAGACGACCAGGUGCCGCUGCUCGAGCGAGUCGAGAUGCCCUCCAAGCUGCCCAAGGAGCUGCAGCGCGAGAUGACCCUGCUGCAGGACGAGUUCGCCGACGCCCAGGUCGAGCACAUGCGCGUUGGCGUCAACCUCAUGCGCCCCGUGUACGCCAAACGCAACGAGCUGAUCGCCUCCAAGCUCAAGGACCUCGACUUCUGGCCUCGCGUCUUCUCCAACCUGCCCGCCGAGAUCGACGAGUUCAUCCUCCCCUCCGACGCCCAGAUCCUCGCCUCCUGCCUCAAGAACUUCAACAUCGAGCGCAUCGGCGUCGACGAGGCCACCGGGCAGGGCGAGCCCCGGUCCCUGCGCUUCACCUUCGAGUUCGACACCGGCGACGACAACAUCUGGUUCACCAACGAGAAGCUUGUCAAGGACUUCCACUGGCGCAGGGAGCUCAAGAUCACUGCGUCCGGCAAGCGCCGUGUCUGGGAAGGGCUGGUGUCUGAGCCUGUCCGCAUCAGCUGGAAGCCCGACAUGGAUCCCACCCACGGCCUGCUCGAUGCGGCGUGUGACCUGGCCGAGGCCGAAAAGGCCUUCAUCAAGAAGGAGAAGAAAGACAAGAUCAGCGAGGACGAGCGCAUGAAUCUGCCCGAGUUCGAAAAGCUGGUUGAACUCGCAGCCAAGGUCGAGGCCCAGGCUGCCCCAGACAAUGAGGGCGAGGAAGACGGCGACGAGGACGGCGCUAGUCCCGCUGGACUGAGCUUCUUCGCCUGGUUCGGAUACCGUGGCGCUGACGUCUCUGAGAAGGAGUCUGAGGCUGCUAGGAAGGAGGACAAGGAGACCACCGAGAAGAGGCGCAAGGGUGAAGAUAUCCCUGGAGAAGACGACGACGACGAUGACGAGGAUGAGGAGGAGGAGGACUCGUUGGCCAUUGCUGAGAUCUUUGCUGAUGGCCAGAACGUUGCCAUUGCCUUUGGCGAAGAAGUAUGGCCCGAAGCUCUCCAGUCCUACGUCGACUCGUACAUGGUUCCCGACGACUUUGAGGACUUCGAUGAGCUCGACGUCGAGGAGAUGGAAGCCCUCGUUGCCGGAGGCGAAGAUGACGACGAUGAGGAAAAGGGUGAAAAGGCCGACAAGGAAGAGCGACCUCGCAAGAAGGCUAAGAAGGCCUGA